AUGACCUCUCCCUUUUCCUGGAAAAUCACCUACCUCGACCCCUUUUGUUCCAAACGCAAGCAACCUCAAGAUGGCGGCGGGGGCAGUGUUGCUGCUGGGGCAGCGGCUGUGAGGGAGCCGCGGAGGGCGCGCUGCCCUCGGCCGGGGCUGCGGAGGCGGCUCUUCGGCUGCGUCUCGAGGCGACCUUGCCGGGCCGAGAUCCCGCCGCCGGCCGCGCGGGGAUGGCAGUACUGUAGCCGCUACCUCCUGUGGGAAAUCUGCGCAUGUGCCGGCGGAGUGAGCAUGCGCAGGUGCGCCUCCUCUGCCCCUUGGCCGCCCUCUAGGGGCGGAAUGGAACCAGGCGCCCUGCCGCUCUCGAUCCGGCUGCGCGAGGCUCUGUCGGGCGGAGAGUGCGAACACAGGAGUUUGGAGGAGGACCCAGAACAAAAGGAUGGUCGAAGCCUUCUCCAGCAGGGAGCGGACCCCAACUUGGUUCUGCCCGAGGGGAUUGCCGGCAUCCACCUUGCUGCCGGCAUGGAGCAGGAGAGUGGGAUCCGGUGCCUUGCUCUCAUCCUCCGGUAUGGCGGAGACCCCAAUAUCAGGUCCGUGGACGGCCUCACCCCCUUGCAUGUAGCCGCCGCCUGGGGGUGCUACACGUGCUUGAAGCUCUUGCUGAUGGAAGGAGGAGGACCCCCGCCUGAAAGACCAGCCAGACUUCGUCCUCUAGCCUCUUCUUUCUCCCAGGACGGAAACACUGCCAUCGACCUGGCUUUGGAGGAAGGGAACGAGAUGUGCCUCCAGAUCUUGCAAGGGUUCCCGGAGGAGGCUGGAGAGGGGGAGCACCGCUGGAUGAGCUACCGAAGAGAAGAAAGCUUCCUCUCCACCGUGACUGAAGACACCUUGAACCCUGGGGGGUCGUCAAGGCUUUACGACGCUUGCCCCAUCCUCUCGGGCGGAAGCCUGCGGCCUCCUCCGGAUGAGAGCCUUCAGCAUGCGAAGCCAACCACCUUCCUUUCUCGUCCUUCAAAGAGCCAAGAUAAAACUUGUUCCUUUGAGGACAGGAUCGCUUUUUCGUUCCUAACCGAGUGUUCUUUGGCUUCCAGCACUUUGUCCAAUCAGGGAGACCUCUGUGCUCAGCCGGCAGCCUCAUCCUGCUUGGGCGGCGUGCUUGGGCAGCUAGCUCCAAGUCCCUUGGCAACACGGGGUUUUCACAUCGGAGGACCCGAGCCCUCCGAACCAGAUCUUGGCGCAAUCCAAAUUCACCAAGUCCAGAGCACUACAGCUAAGGGGUCCCCUUUGCCUCCAGCCGCAGACGGCGCAUUUCCCCCCUCCACUUUAAUCAACCGCAAGCUGAGAGCGAGCCUCGAAGUACAAAACUCUAACAGAUCCCGGGAGAUCCCUGGGCCCUCUCCCACCCAUGCAGUUGUGUCCGAAUCUGAAGCAGAUCCCGUUGCCAGCAGGCAGGAUCCCAACGCCACCUUCAACCUCUCCCAGUAUGGCAGCUUCCUGGACCCAGACCUUGUGGUGAGAGCCACGGGCCACGAAGGGCUGGACGUCACCUCUCCCGAUCAUGCCUACCUGUUCACCCGGGAGAACGCUGCAGCCGUCUCAGAUUUGGAAAAGACGGUCGUCGUCAAUGCGGAGUUGCUGCCGAGCGCCGGUGGGAAUCUGGGCGGAGGCUCCGAAAGAGACGAAUCGUUUAGUGAAAGCUCAAGCAGUGGCCAGUACGCCUCAUGCGACAGCGAAUGUUACGCAAGCGGUACGGAAGCACUCCUUUGCAGCGAGACUCAGACCCAGGAGGGAAGGGAGGCCGCCUUCAGCUGUUCUACGUGCAGCUCCCACAACACGGGGAGCAGCAGUUUAAUGUCAGAAUUCUCCUUAGGCCCGGCUUCCAGAGGACCGGUAAGCAGCUCCGGAGAGACGGUCGAGGCAUUUAACGAGAGGAAUUCUCCUGCUGGGUCAGACUGCCUGAGACAUUUGUGUGACAGAAUUGCUUGUUCUUGCAGAACGCCCUUCUUUGCAGAAGUGGGGAAACCAAGGCACAAACUCUCCGCCAUUGAGGGGAACGCAGAAGCCAAGGAUUUCUGGAGCAGAGAACGAGCACCUUUCAGAAAUUUCCUCUCCCAUCGUUGGAAGAGAACUGCAAGGCAAGCUAAAGGAAGCGGGUCGCCUGAAGCUCAGGAAAGGUUGAGUACAGAGGAUAGGAGAGGAUUUCACUGCACGAGCACCAAGGAUGUGGAGGAGCACUUGUGGGCUGCAGAAACGGUGCUUAUACAGAAGGCAUCUGAAGAGACGUCUUCACCGGAGAAUGAGAGUCCCGUCCCUCCCGGGAUGAACUGGGAUGCGGCUGAAACAAUGCCCAUCCCUCAUCAAACGCCUCCAAGCACCAGAGAAGAAGAGCCUGCCGGCUUGGAGGCCAAGCUGAGGUCAAUGAUGCUGGCAACCAAGGUCUGCCAUUCUCCACUGCUCCAGCCCCACCAAAGCCCCCGGCACGUUACGCCCCGAACCAAAAGCCGCAUGAUGGCGACGGCCACGCACAGUGCCAGCUCUUCCUCCUCCCUCUUUGACGAGACCCUGGAGAUGCCGCAGCGUCCCAGGCGGUGGAGAAACCCCGGAGGGCUGGUUCCGGCCUCCGGCGAGAGGCAGGAUCGACCCGCCGGCCCAAGGAACAGCAGCCUGCCUGGUGCGGCGGGAAGCGAGAACGGUGAACUCGAUGACACCGUAUUAAUUGGGGCUGGUCUCGGCAGCUGCUCAGGGUCCCUCCCUUCGGGCUGCCCUCUCAUCAGCCUGGAUACACCAGGGAGCUCUGGGAGAGAUGUUUGCGGAGGGUAUGACCGUCCUGAUACCAAAUGUGGCAGCGACCGUGCGACAGAUUCAGAGGAAGAGCUUCCCUUGAAGGGGGACAAACCGCCACCAGGGAAUGGAGAGGAGACUUGCGCCGCUCGAGAAAGCCUGGAUGCUGUGCUGUCUCGGGGUCAACCUGAGCGGCUAAGUGCCAAGCCCGGUAGGACCAAGAGGCAGGCCAAUCGCUCGCGCGUGAGCUUCAGCCGGCUGCCUGCGAGAGGGCCGCCAGUGCCGAGAGCCUCCACCUGCCCGUCAGGACGGAUGAGUCCCGUUGUCCAGGAUGUCCAGCUGUCGCCCGGUGGCCGGCCAGUGAACCUGAGCGCCGCCGAGCCUGUGGAAUACCUUUACGAGGAUGAAGGGCACACCCUGGUGGAGCGCCACAUCCCUUGCACGGACGACUCCGUGGCCAACACCACCAGCUCCGAAGACACCGUCAUCUACGACUGGAGGGCGUACACUGGUCAGGCGGUUCGGCCACCAGAUGCGGGCGGCUGCUCUCCUCCAGCCCCCUCUGAUCUGAGCCACCUCUCGGACGAAGCGCUAGUCCGGCAGCUUCGAGACUUUGGUGUCAACCCGGGACCUGUGACGGGACUCACCAGGAAGAUUUACCUGCAGCUGCUAGAGAAGCUGAUGAGCGACCCGAAGACCAAAGCCCGGAAGGGCUCUGCAGGCUACAGCCCGGAAUUGUCUACUGCCCUGGACACUUACCAGAUCCCAGAUGGCCAGGAGGACGAGAUGGCUUUGUCCAGGCAGUUCGACCAGCCGGACAAGAGCCGCAAGUGGAGGGAGGGUCUUCUCAAGUCCAGCUUCAACUACCUGCUCCUGGAUCCCAGGGUGACCCAGAACCUGCCCCCUUCCGCUGCCAGUACAUCAGCCGAGCCGAGUGGUUUCCGGACAUUCAUCAGCGCCAUCUUCUACGUGGGCAAGGGGAAGCGCUCCAGGCCUUACUGCCACCUCUACGAACUGCCCUUGACGCACUACCAGCAGAGCUGGAAGAGGCAAGUGCACGACAGGGUGAGGCAUAUCCUGGAUAUCUGGGCCAGCGGUCAGGGGGUCAUCUCCAUGCACUGUUUCCAGAACGUCAUCCCGGUGGAAGCCUACACGAGAGAAGCCUGCAUGGUGGAUGCCAUCGGUAAGGGCAUGCUGACCAAUCAGAAGAGAGGGAAUUACUACGGCAUCAUGGCAGGCUGGCCUAUGAAGCGGAGGCGCUGCCUGGGCAUCCACCUCCUUCACAGAGCCAUGCAGAUCUUCCUGGCAGAGGGGGAGCGGCAGCUGCGGCCCGCAGACAUCCGCACAGGCCAGUGACAGCUCCCUGG